GCGGCCUUAAGCUACUGUUGGGAUGCAGCGCUACCCUUUGUGACUACGUCCGAAGAGAUGGCUCUUUACAGGUCCGAGAUCCGCUUUGCUCGACUUCCAGUGGUUUUUCGGGAGGCUAUCACGGUAGCUCGAAGAUUUAGUAUUUUUUAUCUAUGGAUCGGCGCUGUAUGCAUUGUUCACCAUGAUCUAGCAGACUGGAAAAGGGAAUUCGUGCAAACGCCCUACAUCUUCGCCUACGCAUUUGUCACGAUAUGUGCUACAGCUAGU